CGUGAACGAGAAGGUGAUAAAGAUGCCGUUACACCUGGGUCCCUUUGUCCGCUGGAGAUCCGGGCUUGUACUCGCAUGGAUCUGCUUGUUUUCGUCCGGAUUUACCUUCACUGGUGGAGAGCACGCGGCCACUGUAACACAUCCACUUCCUGCGGCCUUCUCCGACCUGCUGCCACACUUCCUGGUGGAGCCUGAUGAUGUUUAUAUCGUUAAGAACAAGCCAGUGACCCUCACCUGCCGCUCAACCCCUGCCACUCAGAUCUACUUCAAGUGCAACGGCGAAUGGGUUCACCAGGAUCAGCACUUGAUCGAGCGUGACGUGGACCCUGCCACAGGACUGCCGGUGAUGCAGGUGAAGAUUGACAUCUCCAGACAGCAGGUGGAGAAGAUCUUCGGUCUGGACGAUUACUGGUGUCAGUGUGUGGCCUGGAGCACUACAGGAACACAGAAGAGCCAAAAGGCAUAUGUGCGCAUCGCCUAUCUGAGGAAGAACUUUGAGGAGGAACCGCUGGGUAAGGAAGUGGCACUGGAUCAGGAAGUCCUUCUGCACUGUCAUCCUCCUGAAGGUGUUCCUCCUGCAGAGGUGGAGUGGCAGAGAAACGAGGAGCUGAUCGACCCCAAGACUGACCCCAAUUUCUUCAUCACCGUGGACCAUAAUCUCAUCAUCAAACAAGCCCGCCUGGCCGACACAGGCAACUACACCUGCAUGGCCAAGAACAUUGUGGCUCGACGAAAGAGCUCCUCGGCUACUGUGAUUGUCUACGUGGACGGAGGUUGGAGCGAGUGGAGUAAAUGGUCACCAUGUGGAGCUGACUGCACCAUGUGGAGGAGCAGGGAAUGUACCCAACCUACACCAAGCACGGGUGGGAAAGAAUGCCAGGGGCUGGAUCUCCAAUCUCUCAACUGCACCAGUGAGCAGUGCCCACAGACGGCAUCGGGUGCUGAGGAUGUGGCCUUGUACGUGGGGAUCGUAGCAGUGGCUCUUUGUCUGACUCUGCUGCUGAUUGUGCUGGUGCUGGUCUACCGCAGGAAGAAGGAAGGUCUCGAUGCAGAUGUGGCCGACUCCUCCAUCCUCACCACUGGCUUCCAGCCCAUGGGCAUCAAGCCCACCAAGCCAGGUGUGUGGGCACCGCGCAGGGCAGCCCACAGCAAAAACUCUCAUUUGCUCACCAUCCAGCCCGAUUUGACCAGCACCACCACAAGUUACCAGGGAACGCUGCGUUCUCGCCACGAAGUCACCGGAAAGUUCUCCGUGAGCAACGGCCCCCUCCUGGAGCCUCUUCCUAACGGCUCCCACACGCUGCACAACGGCAAACUACCCAGCGACCCCAACGACUUCAUGAACCGCCUGUCCUCUCAGACGUAUUUCAAAACGCUACCGAGAGACAACGUAAACACCUCUUACGGAACUUUCAAUUUCCUGGGUGGUCGCCUAACCCUCCCUAACACUGGGAUCAGCCUGCUCAUCCCGCCAGAGGCCAUUCCCAGAGGGAAGAUUUAUGAGAUUUAUCUCACCAUUCAGAAGAAGGAAGACAUGAGAUUGCCCCUGGCUGGGUGUCAGACGUUGCUGAGUCCCGUGGUGAGCUGCGGACCGCCCGGUGUGAUGCUCACCCGGCCGGUCAUCCUCAGUAUGGACCAUUGCUCUGAUGCGUGCCUGGAGAAUUGGGCCAUCCGUCUCAAGAAGCAGUCAUAUGAGGGAAUGUGGGAGGAUGUACUUCAGCUUGGUGAGGAAGUGGUAUCGGAGCCGUACUACUGCCAGCUGGAGGCGGAGACGUGCCGGGUCUUCACUGAGCAGCUGGGCCGCUUUGCUCUGGUCGGGGAGUCCCUCAGCAUGGCUGCUUCUAAACGCUUAAAACUGCUGCUGUUUGCUCCCGCCUACUGCUCUACACUGGAGUACAACAUCCGCGUCUACUGUAUGGACGACACACAGGACCUGCUAAAGGAGGUGAUGCAGAUGGAAAGACAGCUGGGAGGUCGACUGAUUGACGAGCCUCACGUCCUGCUCUUCAAAGACAGCUACCAUAACCUGCGCCUCUCGAUUCACGACAUGCCCCAGGCACACUGGAGGAGCAAACUGCUCGCCGGCUAUCAGGAGAUCCCGUUCUAUCACAUCUGGAGCGGCUCUCAGCGGACCCUGCACUGCACCUUCACACUGGAGAGACAGAGCCUGAGCACCUGUGAUCUCACCUGCAAGCUGUGUGUGUGGCAGGUAGAAGGAGAAGGACAAAGCUUCACCCUGGACUUCAACAUCUCGAAGGACAUCAGACCACUGGACUCUGAUUUCCUGUUAAUGGACAACUGCACCCCUGCCCUGGCUGGUCCGAGUGCAUUCCAGAUCCCUUACCUCAUCCGACAGAAGAUCUGCAGCAGUCUGGACACCCCCUGUCCCAAUGGAGCAGAUUGGAGACUACUGGCCCAGAGACUGAAGCUUGACAGGCAUUUGAGCCUGAUAGCACUGAAAGCGAACCUGAUAGUCCCACCCUCCCUGCAAUCGCUGUCCAAAGCCACGCCCCCUGACAGCGGUAAUCUCAAUCAGCUCGCCGCUGUGAUGGCUGAGAUUGGCAAGCAGGAGGCCAUGAUAUUCCUGGUGUCAGACGGGGAGUGCUGACACAUUAAAACUCUGAGUGAUGGGGUGGGGGAAGGACACGACCCUCUGCCCGCCCCACCAUAGAUGAGAAACAAAUCAAAGAACAGGGUUUACCCAACUAUAUGAGGCCACUUCCCCAGUGAAUAGGGAAUAAAAGAAAAAUAAAACAAGACCAGGCUCAGGAGGAACCUGGCAGGGCUUUUAGAUGUACUGUGACUGAGACAAAUGCCUCUUUCUCAGAACAAAAAUCCAUUUGUUUUGAAAAUAAUGGUGUAUAGAAAAUCCCAGAUUCUAUGAUUCUGGUCCUGCCCUCAAUCACUGACCAAUAUGUACUUUCUAACCACAUUUGUGUUAGGCACAUUGAUAUAUUAAUAUCAGACUGGAAACUAAAAACGAAUCGGUUUGAAAGACGUACGCUAUGUAGGUAAGGUGAAUAUUUUGCGAACUUAUUCAGAUUUGUGACAUGCAUUUUGUAAAUGUGUACCAUUUAGCAAUAUGCAAACACGCAUAUCGAUGACAAUUUCCUUUGGCCGACACGUUUCUUACCUCACAAAGCAUUUACAAUUUUAGAGCGUUUGCUAAAUUUCAGGGCGAAAACAUAUUAAGGAAGUAAAGCAUUUUUGGUGAGAGCCAUCACUUGUUCCUCUGCCCCUGUGCACUUAACGUGUGUGUUCAUGAAGCCAUAAAGUCCAAAAUUCACCUCAAUGCAAUGAUAUAUGUUCUGAUCCGGGUGGAUAAUUAGUAAAUAAGCACAGGAUUCUGUGGAUGUCUAGCUGCUGAAGGAUGGGUGAUCAGGGACCUCAAACGUUUUCCUAGCUGUUUUGAAGAACAUUGGACUUUUGAGAAUAGGGGUCAGAAGUUCUGCAAAGCAUUUUUCCAUGGCCAUCUUAUGUCAAUGGAACCCUUUCGAGACUAGAAUUCUCAUCUGAGUCCAUAGAAUUCCUCGUUUACGAAGGAGAAAAAAAAAGUUUUCUUCUUUUAUAAACAGAAAAUGCAAUACUACCAAAUGUUUCAUUGCUAUUCUCCUUCAUAUUUAAUGAGUCUAUGUUUCUCUGAAAGCCAUUUUGGCUUCAGGGCAGUUUCUUAGUCGUAGGAGAGAGAAUAUUUUCAUCACCCCCCAAAAAGCAAAUGUUCCAUCCAAGAAAACUUCAUCGACACUCAGCAGCUGUCGUAUUUUUCUAAAUUCCUCCAUCACACGUGUGCUUUGUUUCUGCAUAACUGUCAGACCCUGUAGAACGGCAACACAUCUCAGCCCUGCGUUUGGCGCCGUGAAUGUGCAUUACACAGUUUGAAGAUUGUCAGAUUAUUUUUUCGUGCGUGUUUGAAUGUGAGAGUAUUUCAUUCCAAAUGAAGGAUGAUUGGUGAGAAACUGUGGAUCACAAAUUGGCCGCUUUCAUCUCGACCAGUAGUGACGGCCACGUCUGGAGAUGAUUGGAGGAGUCCUGCACGUUCUCUCCACAGCAAGAGGAAUUACACAGGCCUGUUUCACUCAGCUAACAGAACUCAAGUUAAAGGCCAAAUUGUGCACACAAUGUCUUUUUUACCUUCCUUAAGGUUUCACUUGGUGAUUUCUGUUACACGAUUAACCAGUCAGCUAUUUUCUUUUCUUUGUUUUUAAUCUACAAAAGUCAUCAUGUCUUGUAGAUAAGUACAUUUCAUGUGACGCAUCUCUGCGCAACCGAAGUGUAUGAGCCAUCUGGAGCAUUUCUUUCAUAUCUAUGCCGAUUGUGAUUACAUUUUUUGGGAGUACACGUAGUAACACGUUCCUACAUUCAACAUGCAUCUAUUUUUCUUUCAAGAUCUCAUGACUUGUGCAAACUUGUUCAUUUUGAGCAUUUCACUGGUAAAACAAUUUAAAUAUACAGCACUUUGUAAAGUAAUUGUAAAUUAAAUUUUAAUAACAAGCCAAAAAAGACAAGUCAACUGACGUAACAUUUGUCAAAGUAUAACCUGUGAAGUGUUUGCCUACUGUUCAUUGGUUAUAUAGCACUGAGUUCAUUCUUUCUGCAGUGUUUGCGGUUUAGACUGUUUUCUCCAUAAGUUUGUACACCGUCGUUUUGUUUCGUCCUGAGGCUGUUGGUUUAUGGGUAAUCGAUCCUCAACACUACGUCAUGAGAAAACAGAUGCACCAGUAAAUGAUACUUCUGUCAGAGUAUUUAGACAAGGACUUGGUGCAAAAUUGACAAAUUCCUAACACUCAGGUUUACAAACGGUUCAGUUGAAACAGACACAUUACGCAUUUCUAAACAUUACUGAGUGCGCAACGGAUUGCUCAUCAAUGUUGUUCUUUUUCACUGACAUAAAAAUCAUUCGUUCUGAGCUCACAAAGUCAGCUUGUAACACUGAAUAAAGCAGAUGCCAUGAUAUUCACUAAAAGAACCACCGAUCUCUCUUUAUGACUGUACAUUUUGUCAGCCUCAUUCAUAGCUGUUCUGUGUAAAUGAAUGUGUGAGUGUGCUAUUUCUUUCUUUUUGAACUGAAAACCGUAGAAUUGUGUACCUGUGAAUGUUCAAUUCGAUUUCUUAAUUCAAUGUUCCUUGCCUUUCUGCAAGUCGAAAUGCUGUAUUUAUUACAUGCCACAGCGCUUAUGCAAUUGUACAAUUCUUUUCUAUUAUUCUUUUUUUUUGGUAAAGUUACUUUUCAUUUUUCUCGUCAAUGUAAAUUGUCGUCGAUGAGUUUGUGGUAAUAGAAAGCCCUCUUCUGCAGAAGGUUUUCUGUACUUUUUGGACAAUGGUAUGGAUUUGUGGGUAGAAUUUUGGAAAUUCGUUUCUAAGUGCUUUCAAGUAUUUACUUGGCCUUAUGUAUAUAUCUCUCUAUAAAAUUUCAGAAAAGGUAUGUAUAGUAAUUGAACCUAAAAUGGAUGUAAAUAAAUUAUAUAUUGUUAAAAGAGAGUUGAGUGAUUUGUGCUCGCAACAUCUACAAUAUUUCAUGACACAUUUUACGUUUGGAGCCAAUUAGUAGCUUUGGGAAUAACCCAAUUUCACCACCAUUUGUAUCAUUCAGUAAGUCAGCACACAACAACAUGACUGCAGGUGAUUUAUUGACUAAAUGGCUCUAGCACAAUUUCUUUCUAAAUAAUUUGCGUCAUCUGACGUAGAAAACCUCUCUAUAAUAUGCACAGGAAUACAGCAGUUUAUCGUUCUGAAUGACACACACAAUAGUUAAAGGCUGCAAAGCGAUAAAAAAGGCACUUGAUGGUUGAUACGUAACACGUUGUCAAUACAAAAAAAGCACAAAAAGUGAGCUGUUGGCUCAAAUAUAUAUAUAGCUUUCUAAGAGCAGGAUAUUGGAGUGUUGCAUUUCUUCCGAUUAGAGUCCAGGAGAUUGGUGCAUCUGGUAUGUAGUCUCUGAAGAAGAGCCAUUAUGUUUGGAAAUGCCAUAAGAUUAUGCAUAUAUCGGUGAUAUCCAUAAACAGGAAUGCUCAAAACCUUUGGCACACAUGCGCUUUGCUCACUAGCUUGCGGAAACCACCAAAAUGGCCACAGAGCUUUAAAUAACACAGCAUAUACGAACAAAGGCUCUAAAUGAAUCUGGCCAUAUAAUAUUGCAGGAUCCAUUAGCACUAACGCAGAGCGUUUUUAUGGUAUCACAGGCCUUUCCUUAAUUAGAACUACCUGUCUGAUUAGAACAGAUGAAUGUGGCGUAUUUAGUACUGAAGCCAUGUAGAGACCAUUGCUUGGGUCAGGAUGAAAUGCAUGCAAUCAGUGCUAAUGUAUUUCAGUGUAGCUGCCAGGGGCGUUUUAUUCCUCUGUGGUUUGCCAUUACCUUAAGUACCCUGGCACAGCAAAUCAGGCAGAGCAAAAAAGUAGGCUGCACAGCAUCUAGAGGAUUGAGGGGCCACUUUAAGAUCCUGUCUGAGUAGAUCACAUGCUCAAUGCUUUAGCCUACAAAAUGGAUUGUAUGGAUCAGAAUACAACUAGAUUGCUUCACUUAUUACAUGGGAAAUGCUUUGUCCAUAUUUGUGACAAGAGUGGAUAGAAUUUUGGAUGAUAAAUAUGCAUCAGAGUGCAGAUGAGAUGAGCAAAUCUCACAAAAAAAAAAAUCACAUUUUACAAUAAAAUUAAAUC